CAUGUCACUCAGGAACUUAGGAACCUUCCUAAGCAAAAAAGACUGUUCGGGCUAUUUUUUUUUACAGUCUCUGAUUCGGACGCAGCCGCAGCUCAGUUGUAUGUUGGCUGACAACUUCCGCUUUUUUAUAUAAAGUAGCUAGGCUAUGCAAUCCAAGCAUGCGUUUUCUUCAGAACAAGACUAUUUUGUUCAUAUUUGAUCUGUGCUUCAGAGGGGAAAUUAAGUGAGUAAACAAAUUCUAUUCACAAAGAAAAAAGUGACAUGGCGUAGCCUACUUAUUAAUUUACUCGUCUAUUUAUGUUGCGAUCCAUUGCCUGUAUUCUCGAGUCUAGGAAACUCGUACGUUGAAAGCUGGCUAAACCGGUUGUUGCUCACUUGCCAAGAAAGUGAAAAUUACUCCGACAUUUUGGUGACUUAACAUGAAGUGGUGAAGGACGAAGAAAAAACAUUUCGGUGUGAGGAAUUCUUUAUUCGUUUUAGUCUGCCCUGGGCUAACACGGGAGAACGUUGGUCGCUAAGGUUUGUUGAUCUUGUGAAUAGCCUACGAAAGUAAUGCAGGUGAAUCGUGCUCGAUAUUGGCAGCAAUUCUGUUAAAAAUAAUAGCGAACGCUUACAUUGUAAGGAACGUACGCCCAGAUGUUCCUUAUUACCGAACUACUUUAAAAGUUCUGUGUUCGUGAAGUACACAGAGCUUGAUAUCUUCACUGGGUACGAGGAAGGAUAGUGUGGCCUGUGAUGUAGCCUACUUUUGAUCUGCUACAAUGUGCAGCACUUUGGGCUGCAUUUAAUGUAUGAAAAGUGCUAUACGAAUAAAGUUUAUUAUUAUUCUUAUUAUUAUUAUUACUUCUCAAUGCAACUCAUUCCACAUAAGCCAAGGUGAAUCCGGAGAUUUCACUUUACAGAAAGAAAGUCAAGCUGUUUAUUUAGGGGUGGGGUGGGAGCGAUUUCUGCGACUCGUUUCUGUAAAAGCUCACUUCUCUGGCCUACCUGGGCUUAGAUAUGUUAGUCUUGCAACAAUAAAAGCUUAGUCUACACUGACUCCGCCGUACCUUGCUGGACUUCUGAAGUCAGAAGACGAAGAAAUGAGUGUUCCUGAAAUUCCUGAGGUUCCUGAGGAUCUUGGUGCAGACAUGGGCCCUGAGAUGGAGAGUUUCCAGGCAGAGAGCCCCCCAUCACCAGCACCAAGCUAUUUGUCCAUGGAGAGUGAUGAGGAUCAGCCUGUCAAAGCUGAUGAAGAACAUGUUUUUACACCUGUAAGAGUCGAUCUUGAGAGAGCAGAGUCACAAGAUACGAGGCAGAAUGAAAUCGAGAGGUUCUCUGUUCAGCCCAGAGAAGGAGCUUUUUUCUCAGAACAUGGACCAGAUGCAGCGUACGAGCCAAUCUCUGCCACGGAUUUAUUAGAGUUGGAGAGCAUGGUCCUCGAGACAGAAGAGAAUCUCUCUCCCAUGGAGAUACCAUUUAUAUUCAAGUUAAUCCAGAGAACUCUGCAGCAGUUGACCGAACAGGAGUUGUCUCUGUUCAAGAAGUAUCUGAGCCACAAUCACUCUCGAUACUUUGAGAAUCGGAUGGAGGAUUUUGAUGUCCUGGAUGUUGUGGAUAAGAUGCUGGAGCGCUGUGGAAAAGUGAUAGCUGUUAAGGUUGCAUUGCAUGUCCUGAAGUGCAUGAAAAGGAAUGAUCUAGCUGACUUCCUGGAAGCAAAGAGUCGUAGAGUUAUGCUACAGCAUGACUUGAAAGAACAUCUCAAGAUGAAGUACGAGACCAUAUUUGAAGGGAUACCCAGACAUGGGCAGCACUGCUAUUUGGGUAACAUCUAUACAGAUGUGCUCAUGACAGAGGGUGGACAUGGUGAGAUUAACGAGGACCAUGAGGUGAGGCAAAGUGAGAUGGCUUCAGGAGGACAAUCCAGACCAGAGACUGCACUAAAACCCAGUGACCUGUUCGAACCCUCAUUUGUUCGUGAGAGACCUGUCAGGACUGUGAUGACCAGGGGGAUUGCAGGCAUAGGGUUAACAGUUGCUGUGAAGAAAUUCAUUGUGGACUGGAUAGAAGGAAAGGCCAACCAAGACAUUGAUUUUGUUUUUCCACUUCCUUUUUGGGAGCAGAACCUGGUCAGGAUGAAAGAACAAAACCUGAUUGACUACUUUACCAUCUUCUACCCAGAAAUAAAAGAUAUGGAUUUCAUUGAAUCUCCUGACUGCAAAGUUUUGUUCAUUUUUGAUGCUCUUGAUGAAUAUCGGCAUACUUUAAGCUUCCAGACGAAUGGAAGCUGGAAUGAUCCAAAGGCACCAACAUCUGUGGAUAUGCUGCUUACUAAUCUAAUCAGAGGGAAUCUUUUUCCAUCUUGUCGGAUCUGGAUCACAACGCGCACAGCAGCAUCCAGUAUUAUCCCUGCGGACUGUGUUGACCUGCUGACUCAGGUGCACGGAUUUACUGAUUUCCAGAAGGAGCAGUACUUCAGGAAGAAAAUUUGUGAUCAGAACCAGGCCCGUAAAAUUCUGGCGCAUGUGAAAUCAUCAAGAAGCCUUUAUAUCAUGUGCCAUGUGCCAGCGUUCUCUUGGAUUCUAGUAACAGUUUUUGCAAGACAAAUUGUUGUGGAUGACCAAGGAGAGACUCCCUUGAUUAUGACACAGUUGUUCACACACUACAUGCUCCUUCAGACAAAUAUGAUGCAUGCAAAGUAUCAAGGACGCCAUUCAAAUAUACCAGAGUGGACAGAGGUUGACAGGGAUUUCCUCAUGAAACUGGGGAAGCUGGGUUUUCAACUGCUGGAAAAAGGCAGGAAAGAAUUCUGUCUAAGAGACCUAAAGGAUUGUGGUCUUGAUGUUACAGGAGCAAUUGUGCAAUCAGGGCUAUGCACGGAGCUGUUCUCACUGCACGCAGAGUCCCAGCAGAGAGUUUUCCGUUUUGUACAUCUGAGCAUCCAGGAAUAUCUAGCUGCUUUCUAUGUGUAUAUGUCCUUUCGAGUUAAGCGCAGGAAUGUUCUUGACCAAGCACUGGGGCUGUUCAAAGAACCUACUCUUGUGGAUUUACUCUGCAGUGCCGUGGACAAAGCCUUACAGAGCCAGAACGGACACUUGGAUCUGUUUCUCCGUUUUCUUCUUGGCCUCUCAGUGGACUCCACACAGAGACUCUUUCGACCCUUCAUCAAACUUCCUGAGAGCAGUGCACGCAGCAUUGAGGAAACAGUUAGGUACAUCAGGAAGAAGAUCAGAGAGAAUGCCAGUCCAGAGAGGUGCAGAAAUCUGAAUCAUUGUCUGACUGAACUGGAAGGCUGAAGUCUGAUCUACCUAACUUUGCUGUAGAAGCACAGCACCACACUUGUUCCUCCUUGUGCUGUGCAUAGUGUAAAGCAGACUUGUAUAUUUUUUCAGAGUUGAAUCCAAUUUUCUGUGAUAUUUGGACCCCUGAGGUCAGUUGCAUUUUUGUAGCUGACAAAUGUUUUUUUAUUUUUUAUGAAUUUUUUAUUAUAAAUUUGCCACCAAAUGUGGAGCUCAGCAUGUCUAGUUUCCAGUUUUGUGUCAUAAUUUGGAAUGUUCAAUGAACUGAAACCACAGCCUUCUUAAUGCGCAAACCCCACUGCUGAUUUUGGAAAGUGUAGACAUCUGCCAUUCUUUUGCAAAACAUAUGAUGUCCACAUCGCCAGUUGCGCAGUGCCCUAUGGAGGUAUCAGCCACAUUUGGCACUGGCAUGGUCAUGAUUCGAUCUGAGACUGUAGGAAUCACCCUUGCACCACAUUGUGGUGCCUUAACCAAAUGAGCCACCCAGCAGCCCUAGCUGUGGUGUACGUAGGGGAGCAGUCAGGUGCAACACAUCAAGGGCCAAUUGCAUCACCUAGUCAGAAUACCGAAGCUCAGUUGUAUGUCUUGUGAUGAACCCUGCUCUCCUGCAGACAGAUUACCCUAAAUUCUACCAGUGUUUCAAAGGUCUCAUGAGCAGGGAUUCAAAAUGGCCUAUAGCUCCAUGGCCCUCUAGCGAUUACUCUGCAGGAUUGAAUGGACUUUCAUAAUUGUCCUCCAAUUAUAUAUAGGUCUCCAUGGUCCAGAUAGAUGAGCGAUGGACAGCUGCCCAUCUGUACCUUCACUGACGCUGUGGGUGUUCAGCAAACUGAAAAUCAUGGAAUUAAUUUAAUGUUAUUAACCUAUAUUGUAAGAAUACAUGAAAAAUGUAACCUUGAAAAUAUUUUGAUUUCAAAUUACCAGAGGUGUAUUUUUAAUGUAUCAUGCCUAUAAAUAGAUGUACAAUAAAAUUCUCAAUGGCCGUUAAACCAUUUCCCCAUGUGUACAUAUACACUGCAUUCAGUCAGACUAUUCCAGUGUCUUGCCAUCUCUCCAUGUGCACAGAGAAUUAUUAGAAUUGAAAUUGAGUUCCAAUUACCCCAUCCUGUCCCGAUGCUGGAAGAUUAACUGUUCCUGGAGAGGAAGAAUGCUUCAUGAGACACCAAAUGCCUUUAAAAAAGAACAUUGAAACUUCUUGUACAGUACACUACUGAAAUACAUGUGCAAAACACUUGUAAUCCUAAUCUUACAGUAUACAAAGGAUUGAUAUCUCUGAUGUCAUACACAAAACCUAAAAAAAGGGCUACUGCAUGUUUCAACUUGUGUGAGAAUGGUGUGCUUAUGUUCUUCAAUAAACAUUAAAUAUCAAA